GCACCCAAUUUUUGAUAGUUGAUAAGAUUAAGAAUGCGCGCAAAACAUUACUAUUAAUGAACAUUGCGAUAUUAUAGUGCCUUUCAUUCAUGUGAACGAUGAAUGUACCGAAGAGGUCAUAAUUGUGGUGCCACUUAGUUUUUUUUACUUACGAUGAGCGGGAGGGAAGGCGGAAAUGCAGUUCCCUCUUCGAGCGCGAGCGGCACGGGCGACGCUAGCAGGGUGACCGGCGUGACGCGUCGCGGCCGUUGUAAAUGGUUCAACGUAGCCAAAGGUUGGGGAUUCAUCACCCCUAAUGAUGGUGGGCAGGACGUUUUCGUGCAUCAGAGCGUAAUACAGAUGCCAGGUUUCCGUUCCCUGGGAGACGAGGAAGAAGUGGAAUUUGAAUGUAAAGAAUCUGAUAAAGGUCUAGAGGCAACACGCGUCUCUGGACCUUCGUCUGUUGAUUGCCAGGGGUCGCAUCGCCGCCCGCUGUCUAAGAAACGCUUCAGAAAGAUACGUUGCUACAAUUGUGGGGAGUUUGCGAACCACAUAGCGGCAAAGUGCAGUAUCGGUCCGCAACCAAAGAGAUGUCACAACUGCAAAAGCGAAGACCACCUUAUUGCUGAUUGCCCCGUAAAGGUUGAAAAGAAAGAUGAUCCGCAAUCGAAGAGUUCAGGCAGUUCCCAGGGGAGUCAGCAAGGCAGCCCUCGGCAGUCAUAAUACCAUCUUUAGAUUACCGUAACUUUAUUCAUAUCUGUCAAAUUUAUGUUUAGCAUAAAAGCAUUUCUGUUUACGUUUAGGUGUCGGUUCGAAAUUAUGGAAUCAUUUAAAAAUCUAAAUAAUGAUACAUUUUCUGUCGAUGCGAUAAUAAUGAUUAGAAAAGAACACAUCUACCUCAUUCAAUCUACCUUCAUAAACAGCACAACUGAGAAGACUGAUCAGUACAAAUCCAUAAUUUAGUACAAAAUCAUAAGUAUGUAUUUUUAUUAAUAGAAUAUUUAUAACCUAAGUUCGCAAAAGUAACGUAAGUACAAAUUUUAUGUGUUCGAGUGUCAAUAUCUUUAGUUAACUUUAUUUUAAAAUGGUAUUUACCCAAAGUUAAGUGUGUGCUUAUUUUACUAUUAUUAAUUUUGUUGCUAUAUUAUAUUAUGAUUAACUUUGUGUUAGAAUUUAACGGUACAUACUACGUUAAAUUAGGAUUAGAAGUAUUAAAUCUGGCUAUGAAAAUAAUAAUAUCAAUAACUAAGAGCAUACAUACAUCACUUAUUAAGAUUUCCGUCAAUUUAUUGAUUAAAAACUCAUUUUUAACAUGGCAUGCAAUAAAAAAUAUAUAAGUGCAAUUGUAA